UAUCUACUAGCAGCUACCAAACUUUAUUAUGCUUGUUAUUUAUAAGGUGGUAUUCUUCAUUAUCCCUAUUGAAUGCAUUUUGUGAAUUCAGUAUACUAGUGAAGUCUUCGCUGUUUACUUUCUAAAUGGGGUGAGUGAGUGGGGAAAAAAGAACUCUUUUUGACCAUACUUCCAGUUCCAGCGCUUGUGGUUAUGGCAAGGAUGAUUUUCCACAAAAGUGAAUCUAUAGAAAACCCACAAAACCACUGGCAUUCAUCAAUUAUGAGACCACUGCCGUAGCCCAUAGACAUUUUCUAUAAAACUAUGUGGGUUGUGUGUAUUUGUUUACUCCUGUUCCAUCACGUUCUCAUCAUAUGCUAAAUAAUAAGAAUAAGUGGCAUUCAUGAAUUUUGAUUGGCAUGCUACUCUUUUAGUAAAGUCUGAGGCAAUAGAUGGUCAUAGAUGCCUGAAAUAAUUUCUUCCCUUCUCAACCUAUAUCAGCCCUUCCUUCCUUCCUUCCUUCCUUCCUUCCUUCCUUCCUUCCUUCCUUCCUUCCUUCCUUCCUUCCUUCCUCCUUCCCUCCAAGGAUCCCCAGGAAAUUUCCCUUCUGAUUACACAACAAUGUGAAUCCAGAUCUUAAAAGUAUAGUAUAUUUUGAUGAAUGAAGGACAAGUGAUAUGAUUUGAUUAAAAUAUAUUUUAACAGUUCAAAGAGUAAUGUUUAAUCUCUCAGCCAUGCCCAGUGCAAGUAGAAUCAGGGAAAGAAAAAGAUGCUGUUGGUCUAUAUUUUGUUUUGACUUUUCUGACUUGCACCUGUUUUUAAUGUUUGAACUUUUCUAGUUCUUUGAAUCAGUUUCGACACUGAAUUGUCUUUUGGAUGGUAAGAUGUUUUGUAAGGAGUUGGUUCCCAGCUGAGGCAAUUUUCAGUGAGACACUUCCCACCCAUCCAAAUGUUCUGCAUUUAUAUUUGAAUGGCCUAAGCAGAAUUUUUAUUGAAGACGCUGACAUUUUGCCUCUCAAAUUAUUUCAGCUCCUGAUAUUUUGGACAGGUCUUCAUGUUUUUUUUCUUCUAGGCCACCAGGUGGCAGCACCAGAAACGGUAAUAUUUCUAAAUUUCUGGGUUUUUUUCCCUCAAAUAGAAGCAAAUAUCACUCAUGCAAACUCAUAAAGGUAAAGGUUCCCCUGCACAUGUGUGCUCGUCAUUUAAGGCUCUUGGGGCGGUGCUCAUCUCCAUUUUAAAACCGAAGAGCCAGUACUGUCCGAAGACAUCUCCAUGGUUAUGUGGCUGGCAUGACUCAACACCAAAGGCACAUGGAGCGCUGUUAUCUUCCCACCAAAGUGGUCCAUAUUUUUCUACUUGCAUUUUUACGUACUUUCAAACUGCUAGGUUGGCAAAAGCUGGGAAAAGUAAUGGGAGCUCACUCCGUUACACAGCACUAGGGAUUGGAACCACUGAACUACCAACCUUCUGCUCGACAAGCUCAGUGUCUUAGCCACCACACCCCUUAUGCAAACUCAUACCAUAGCUAUUGGUAUUUCACAAUCUCAGGGGAAUUCUCGGUCUUAAAAUCCAUCCAUCUUAAAGUUGCUGAGAUUAAGAAAUGCAGCACUAUAUUAUAUUGCCCAAAAGAAAAUAUGCAUUUGAAGCAAUAUUCUAUACAGAAAUAUUUUAUGUAUUAAUUUACAUAUCCCACCUUUAUCAUUUUAAUAAAUAACUCAGAGCGACUAACAUAGCUAACACUGCAUUCUCCUCCUAUUUUCUCCAUAAAAGCAAGUCUAUGAGGUGAGUUGGACUGACAGAGAGUGCCUGGCCCAAGUUACCAGGCCAGCUUUCAGGCCUAAGGUGGGACUAGAACUCACUGUCACCUGGUUUCUAGCCUGGUGCCUUAACACGACUGUUUCUGGUGUAAACCUAGUUCCUAACUCCAGCUAAGAGCUAAAUUCUGUUGUGCUCCUUAUUGCAUAGAAUUAUUUCUCACUAAGUAGUUUAUUGCUUUUUUUUUUCCUUUUGGUUAGUGAAUUGCCUUUUCAAUUCAACAUAAACUGUUCUUUAAAAAGUAAUUUGUUUUAAAAAAAUCAAGAUCUUUUGUGUUCCUUCUUCUUUUACUUCUUUUUAUGUUGUAGGACUGGCAUUUGCCCACCAUUUCAUCCUCUGCAUCAGCUCAUCACAUGAGAGCUUUUUGUGCUCACCUACGGUGCUUUGGUAGCCCAACUGUGUAAGGAUUAUGAAAAGGAUGAAGAUGUAAACAAAUACUUGGACAGCAUGGGAUACAGCAUCGGCAUCAGAUUGGUCGAAGAUUUCUUGGCUCGCUCUGCUGUGAAGAAGUGCCGCAGUUAUUCUGAAACUGCAGAUAUAAUUGCACAGGUUGCUUUUAAGAUGUAUCUGGGUGUCACCCCUACUGUGACUUGCAACAAUGCAAUGGGAAAUGAGUUUUCUCUCAUUCUGGCCAAGAAUCCCUUAGUGGACUUUGUGGAGGAGCUACCAGCAAGUCGACCAUCUCUUUGCUAUUGCAGCCUGUUGUCUGGGACCAUCAGAGGCGCUCUGGAAAUGAUACACCUAGCAGCUGAAGUGAUUUUCCUUCAAGACACUCUGAAAGGAGAUGAUGUGACAGAAAUCCGAAUCACAUUCUUGAAGAAGGCUGAAACCAAGAAAUACAAGAGAAAUAAAUGAAACUGUUAUCAGAAAUAAUUAUGUAUAUAGGCCAAGCCUUUGUAGCUGCCCAGAAAGUGGAACCUUCCUGUAAUGUAUUUGAAUUUUAGGAGGGAAAUUUGGGUGGGAAAAUGCACGUUGCUGAUUGGCUGAUGCCUCAGCCAAAAUACUAUUUAAAGAGGGGGUUUUGCCUGUUGGCUUUUGCUGGGAUCACAAUAAACCAAAGAGCUGUUGUCA